UGAUCAAACAUCUAUAAUCAAUGAGUCUCUGAAUCGCUUUGGAUCUGUGACGUCAUCCCGUCGCUUCACGACGCAGAGGUGAGGCAGAGGAUGAAGAUCUGCUGAUCAGCCGGUCUGCGGCGCUUCUCUCCUCUGCGGGUUUUUCUCCUCCAUCUUCCAGCAGCGAUGCUCCCGCAGCCCGCGCCCCGCCUCGCAGCUCCGCGCGCGGCCAAGCUGUAGCUCCGCAGCUCGGUGCGCGGCCCCGCCAUGGUGCAGAAGUCCCGCAACGGCGGGGUGUUCCCCGGAGCGCAGGCCGAGCAGAAGAAGCUGAAGGUGGGCUUCGUGGGUCUGGAGUCCGGAGGGACGGAGUCCAGCAGGGACGGAGCUCUGCUCAUCGCAGCUGGAGACGAAGGUCCUCGGCGUCAGCGCAGCAGCGUCUCCGGAGGAAAGAGACCGCCGAAAAGAAACGCCCUCUACAGGCGGCUGCAGAACUUCCUCUACAACGUUCUGGAGAGACCCCGCGGAUGGGCCUUCAUCUACCACGCCUAUGUGUUCCUGCUGGUGUUCUCCUGCCUGGUUCUGUCCGUGUUCUCCACCAUCAGAGAGUAUGAGAAGAGUUCAGAGGACGCCCUCUACAUCCUGGAAGUGGUGACCAUCGUGGUGUUUGGGGUGGAGUACAUGGUGAGGAUCUGGGCUGCAGGAUGCUGCUGCCGCUACCGAGGAUGGAGAGGACGGCUGAAGUUCGCCAGAAAACCAUUCUGCGUCAUCGACAUCAUGGUGCUCAUCGCCUCCAUCUCCGUCCUGGCUGCUGGGACUCAAGGAAACGUCUUCGCCACGUCUGCCAUCAGGUCGCUGCGCUUCCUGCAGAUUCUGCGGAUGAUCCGGAUGGAUCGACGUGGAGGAACCUGGAAGCUGCUGGGCUCGGUGGUCUACGCGCACAGCAAGGAACUGAUCACCGCCUGGUACAUCGGCUUCCUGUGUCUCAUCCUGGCCAGCUUCCUGGUUUACCUGGCAGAGAAAGAAGACAACGAGCAGUUUGAGACGUACGCCGACGCCCUCUGGUGGGGACUGAUCACCUUGACGACCAUCGGAUACGGAGACAAGUUCCCCGUCACCUGGAAUGGACGCCUGCUGGCUGCAACCUUUACUUUGAUCGGCGUUUCCUUCUUCGCUCUGCCAGCUGGAAUUCUUGGCUCUGGAUUUGCUCUGAAGGUUCAGGAGCAGCACCGACAGAAACACUUUGAGAAAAGACGGAAUCCCGCAGCUGGACUCAUUCAGGCCGCCUGGCGGGUCUACGCCACCAACCUGAGCCGGACCGACCUGACCUCCACCUGGGACUACUACGAGAGGACGGUGUCUGUCCCCAUGUACAGGCUGAUUCCUCCUCUGAACCAGCUGGACCUGCUGAGGAACCUCAAGAACAAGUCUGGACUUUCGUUUAGGAAGGACGUCCAGCCGGAGCCGUCACCGAGUCAGAAGGUCAGUUUGAAAGAGAGAGUCUUCUCGUCUCCACGGAGCUCCGGAACCAAAGGGAAGAGUUCUCCUCAGCACGUGGUUCCUCCGGGCAGCGUGGCUCCCGGCGUGGCAGUGGGCCCCAGCACCCCGGGGGGCGUCCAGGCGCUGCGCCGGUCUCCCAGUAUGGAGCCCAGUCUGGAUGACAGUCCCAGUAAGGUUCCGAAGAGCUGGAGCUUUGGGGAGCGCAGCCGGACCCGGCAGGCCUUCAGGAUCCGGGGAGCAGCGUCCCGCCAGAACUCUGAAGUGCUGAUAGAGAUGCAGGAUGAAGAGUUCAGACACAAGAGUUCCCCAGAUGCCAGCCUGCCAGGUGAAGACAUGGCGGACGACAACAAGAGCUGCCACUGCGAAUUCGUCCCUCAGGACCUGACGCCAGGGUUAAAGGUCACCAUCAGGGCCAUCUGCAUCAUGCGCUUCAUGGUGUCCAAGAGGAAGUUCAAGGAGAGCCUCCGUCCCUACGACGUCAUGGACGUGAUCGAGCAGUACUCGGCUGGACACCUGGACAUGCUGGCCCGCAUCAAGAACCUCCAGGCCCGGGUGGAUCAGAUCGUGGGAAGAGGAACCCCCAUUGCAGACAAGGACCGUCCCAAAUCAGGUGGCGAGGAGAUACCUGAAGACCCGAGCAUGAUGGGACGUCUGGGGAAGGUGGAGAAGCAGGUCCUGUCCAUGGAGAGGAAGCUGGACUUUCUGGUGAACAUCUACAUUCAGCGAAUGGGAAUCCCUCAGGCAGAGACGGAUGCCUACUUUGGGUCGAAGGAACCGGACCCGGCGCCGCCGUACCACAGUCCAGUGGACGUGCAGGAGAAGAACCAGACCCUCUCCAAGAUCCUGCAGGUGUUGCCUGGCGACCACAUGGAGAGGACCCGCUUUGUGACCAAGAUGGUCCGCUCCAGCAGCUCCACCGGACACAGGAACUACGGCGCCCCCACCUGCCCGCCCUCCACCUCCUGGCAGCCAAUCAGCUCCCAGCUCCACCAGCAGGCCCCUCCCCCUCCACAGCGUAGCCAUGGCAACACCCCGAGCCCGGUGGGCGACGCUUCGCUGGUCCGCCUGCCGCCCCCUCCAGCAGGGGAGAGACACGGCGGGAACCGACCCAGCCGGCACGGCGGCGGGGAGCGGGCCGGGACGGAGCGGGCCGGGACGGAGCGGGCCGGGACGGAGCGGAAUGGGGACGAGGCGAAGCUCGACAGCGACACCUCGGUGUCCAUCCCGUCGGUGGACCAUGAGGAGCUGGAGCGCUCCUUCAGCGGUUUCUCCAUCUCCCAGUCCCGGGAGAACCUGGACUUCCUGAACAACGGGUUCUACCCGUCCGCCGGGCCGGGGGAGCAGCCGGCCGGCGGCAGCGGCGGAGGCUCCGUUCGCCACGCCGCCCGCCGGCCCUACAUCGCCCAGGGGGAGUCCGACUCCGACUCCGAGCUGUGGCCCCCUCCCCGCACUCGGACCGGGCCUGGACCGGCACCAAGUAGGGCCGACCCGAAACCGAACCAGCAGAACCCUUUUUUAAACCCAGACCCGUCACUUAAACACCAGCUGUGGGCUCGGAGUGAAGCUUUAUGUGAAAAUACGCUGGACUGACGUCACCAUUUAUACAGCGAAUGCUUGCCACGCUCGCACCUGAUUGGUUCCUACUGACCAAUCAGACUCAGUUUCCACCAACAUCUGCUUGACCGAAUGUGAGGAUAGCAGUUACCAUGGCAACCACCUUGUCCACCCACUGACCCGCCCAGAAUCCGGGUCGGUUCGGUUUUAAAUCAGAACCUCAGGUUCAGACAUUAACACAGAACUUUUUAUUUCUAAUUUUUUGCUUUUUUUCUGAAACAUUUUGUCUCCUGGUUUGGAUCUCCAGCUAAAACCUCCAGGUACCUUCAGGAGCCGCCACCGGAACCAGAAGCGGACCUCUCCUGGUUCCGUCUCUUUGGUUCUGGUUCAAUUUACAAUUAAAUUUAUCCUGAAUGUUGACCCUCAGCUUCUGUCCAGUGUUAUAGAUCAACUGGUGGCAGCUGGAAAAGACUGAUGUUUCUGUGGGCGUGGCUUUUUAGGACCCCUUCACCGAACCAGGAAGUAAACAAUGCGAUCAGCUUAAAGAACUACAAAUCUUUGCAAAAAUACUAACCCGUCAAAUGAAGAUCCAGAUAGAUCUCGAUGUGGCAUCACCAGAUCUCAAAGCAAAGAUUGAUCCCUGAAAACCGACAUAAAUGUUAAAGAGCCUUGGGAUUAAAAAUGAAAUGUUUCAAAAGAUAAACUGGCCGUGUAGUUUUUCCACAUAUUCAUCAUAUUGUGAUAUUUCAAACAGAAACUAUAGCGAAAUGUUUUUAACUGUUUAUGUAAUGUUAACUUUAUUUCAUAGCUCAUUUACAGAAGUCAUGGCUACCGCAGAUCUACGUGUCGUUUCUGCCUUGUUGAUUUUUUUCCUCGUAAUUUAACUAAACGUCUUUAUUCUUUUUAUCAACUGACCGUAAUUCUCAACCAAAUGAGAAAAAACAUUGUCUUAUUUACUUUUCCAUCAGAAACAGUUAAAAUCUUCACUCGAACUGAGAUUCUGGAAGCGUCACCAGUUAAUCCAGGUUUGCUUCCUAAAGGUGCCGUUAGAUGAUCAAUAACAGGAACGUCAGCCUCUCAGAUGACGUCAUAGUUUAGCGGCGCUCUGAGUUCAGUUAGCAGCGCCAUCGUCUGUUUCCCUUUUGGACCAGUUUAUUUCAUUGUCUACAAAAUAAAUAAUAUAAUUCACUUGCUGCCAACAUUUUGGAGGUAAUAUAGUUUAACAGGUUUGCCAGACAAACUUUAACUGUGAGAAUAUUGUCAGGUUACCAAGUUGCACAGCUUUGCUUCUGCAGCCCAGUGAGUCUUAAAGUGAAACGAAAUAAUGUGGCUUCCAUUAAAUGAGCAAUGAAUUAGUUUGCAUGAUAUUAUAACUGUUUAUGUUUAUUGAUAUGUUUGCAGAGCAUCUCAGUCAACAUCAGACUGAAAAGACUUAAAAUGAUCGUCAUGCUGGAUGGUAGAACCAAUUCUGACAGUCUCCUUUUGAAGUGCGGUGUAUUUUAGUGACCUUUUAAUGUAUUCUUCAAUAUUCCUUCAUACCAUUAUGUUUUGAAGAGCUCUUAGAGAAAGUAGAGACAUUUUUAUAUGUUUAUUUACGUUUGUCGCAUUUUGAUCAGGAAACGACAAAACCGCCUAAUUUUUAAAAACCUCUGCGUUGAGGACCCCGUUUGACGUCACUAGUUAACCUUAAAGCGGCUCUUUCUGUUUUUAAUUUGAUUUCCCUUCAACAGCCUGCAAACUGUUUCCCACAGUGAACACACGGACACAUACUGUAGAUAUGGUUCAUAAUCUGUUGGUAUCUGACAUGUAGGAACGUUUAUUAUUAUAAUUUCGGCUGGUCGGUUUGGAUAUUACCACCACCAUUAGCUGUUAACUUUAUAUAUUUUAUUACAGUACAACUUAUCGACAUUACUUGAUAUUCCUUUCUAAUUGGACACGUAAACAAGGAACACCAUCAGUUAUGCGAGUUAAAUUUUAUUAAAUAUGAUGACAAACACCUACUGUUUACCUUUUGCUCACCUGUAACGUUAGCAGCUCAGAUAACAGAAACCUGAGGGUCAAUUCCAAUGUUUUUCUGAUCAGUGCUGGUUACAAAAAGCAGAAACUAUCUAUUUAGGUUUACAUUGCGGUUAUUCAUGAGUUAAUGUAUUCUGGUGAACCUGAAUGUGAAUGAGAUUGUUAUUCAUUGAUCUGGUUAUCCUCAAAUGCGGUGUUUUCGAAGCGCAAUGAAGGCCGUUCUUUAGAAAAUUGUUCUGAAACGUAAUUUUCACAUGCAACAUUAUUAAACAUAUUUGCGUCAAAUGGGAUUUAUAGUAAAGUUGUGCAAACGGUUUUUUCACGCAAGUAGCAUUUUUCAACAGGCAUCGACACGGCCACCUACAGUUUGGAAACAUCUGCGGUGCGCAAAGGUUUCAACCAGUUGAUCUAUAACAGCGGUCAGAUUCUGGUACCGGAUUUCCGGGACGACUCCAGCUUGGUUCUGAGAACUUCUGUAUCUGACCUUUGACCUCAUGGGGAUCUCCAGCAGGUCUGAGGGCUCAAAGGGCCGAUUAAUAAAAUCCAUAACCCGUUAAAAUAAA